UUGCUGAGCUGAUGUCAGCCCACUUCCUCCGUCCGGAACAGAAAGCGUGUCAUUUCAUAUCAACAAACAGCAGCCUGCCUCUCACAGACUGCAAACCAACACUGGAAUAGGAAAACUAUUCCUGAAUAAAAUACCCAUUUCACAGGCUCAGUGUGUUCACCAGAUCCCUGCACUUUACAUAGUGACGGAUUCUCUCUCUCCAAGCAAACCGAGGGUGAAGUGGGAUUGUCCAAAGCUAGUUUGAUAAAGGAGCCAUGGGACAGAGACAGGAAACUCGCCACUUCCUUCAAUGGGAGCGGUGGAGUUUAACUCAGCCUCAGUGAAACAGACGCCUGCAUCUUCAAACAGAAUGUCUGCACUUUGAGGAAGACGACAGAGGCAGAGGUGAGAGUCCCAGCGAGAAACCCGAGGCAAAACGUGGAGCAGAGAUUCCCCUAAAACCCAAGUGAAGGUGAACUUCGUGUUUCUGACAGUGUGGGAGAUCCCAGUUGUUGUGAAGUGGAGUCAGUGACGUUGAGCUGGAGCCAAUUGUCUCCCGAGGCUGGUCAUCGGCUGCUGGAACUAAGCUGCAGGAUCAGCGGGACCAUCUGAAAUCACUGACUGGUGACCAGUGACUGGUGACUGGGACCUGGUGCCUGGAGGGGUGGGAGGAAUCCCUUCAAGAACUGCAUUGUUCACUGAGUGAGGUUCGGAAGGAAAAGGAGAGACUGAGCUCAGCGUUUCUCACCAGCUGCCCCACAGAAUUUCAUAGCCAAUGAAGCGUAAUCACUGUCGUAAUGAAGGAAAUAGAGCACAGCAAGAUCCCACCAACAGCAAUGCGAUAAUGACCAGAAAAUCGUUUCCUUUUGUGUGAUGUUAACCGAGGGAUCAAUAUUGGCCGGGACAGUGGGCAGAGAUUCCCUGCUCCUCUUUCAGAUGAUGCCAUGUUACCAUUUGCUACACUGAGAGCUGAGCAGUCAGUUAGAGCCUUGGAUUAACCUCGUGUCCACAGGGCUGCCCCUCCGAUAAUGCAGCACUCGCUCAGAGCUGCCCUGCAGUGUCAGCUUUAAUCUCUAUGUUCAGACCCUGAUAUGGUAUUUGAAUCUGGAAUGUCGUGAUUCUGAGGGAGGUUUGUGGGCAGUAAGCUUUUCUGUCUCCAUCCUACAGUUAGUUAUUUGCAAAAGGUUACAGCUGACCAACUCAUUCCACUGGGAAAGGAUGAAGGUAACUCCAACGGAAUGACUGUGUGUUACUCUCUCUACAAGUGAAGCUGACGAUUAUGACUUGAGCCCCAAGGUUACUGGGAAUCAGGGAGCUGACUGAAUUCAUGAAAGUACUAGUUUUGAAUUGAAUACUCCCAGUGACAUUAAAGAUGAGCAAUCUUCACAGUGGGAUCCCAUCAGGGUUUGGAUCCAACAGCAGUGGACAACCUCGACCAUUAUUGGCAGAAACCGCCACCCAGGCAAUUCUCUAUCUACUCAUCCUAAUCAUUGGCCUUCCGUUGAACACCCUGGUCCUGCUGUUGGUCUACAAGUGUCGAGCGUUGAGGAGCAUCACCAAUGCAUUUGUGACCUCCCUGGCCCUGGCUGAUUUUCUGAUCACUCUUUUAGGCCUGCCUGUCAUUGUCAUAGCAACCAUUGCCCAGAGUUGGCCUUUUGGUGGGACAUUUUGCCAAAUCUCGGGCUUCCUAACCUUCUCAUUGAGGAACGUCUCCAUCCUGUCGGUGGCUGGCAUUGCAGUGGACAGAUAUUAUGUAAUUGCGAGGCCCUUCAUCCUCACCAUAACCCGGGACAGAGCUCUCAAGACGAUUGUCUUCCUGUGGUGGAGUGGGCUGCUCUGUGGAAUCCCACCACUCUUUGGCAUUGGGCUCUAUAAGUUUUCUCCCACCAGGUAUUUGUGUGACUUCAGUUGGCCUGAUGGAGGAUCCAGUCUGGCGUAUGGGAUCUACCUCUUCAUUUGGAUCUACCUGACCUCUUUGCUAAUAGUCACCAUCUCCUAUUACUUAAUCUACCAGGUCACCCGUGACCACAUGAAGUAUAAAGCCCAGCGUCUCGCCAGCAGCCUGUCCCCUGGGUCAGGAGACGGCUCCAUUCCCAGUGAACUGAAGUCUUUCAGGCUGUUGCAGGCAAGUCUUUCAAGGAAGUGGGCGAGCUUCAUGUCUUCCAGUUCGACGUUUAAUCUGAACGCCAGCAGCCCUUCCGAUGUAGCGAUGGAGUCCAAGACAGCGAAAACCAUAGUUGCUGUGAUAACAACCUGCCUGGUUACCUGGCUUCCCUACUUCGUUCUGAACUUUCACUGCAGCUCCCUGUCGGACAGUAAACCUCCCAGAAUGCUGGACUUCCUGGCCACUUGGCUGACCUUUGUGAACUGUGCUCUGAAUCCCGUCCUCUACGCUCUCCUGAACCGCCAGUUCAGGCACUGUCUCAGGGAGAACAUGCGCCUCUGGUUUCGACUCUCCGCUCAACAAGCUUCGGAAGAUGCCCCAAGGCUGGCUGGCACCACCCACAACGGGGGCAUCGCCAGAAGCCAGGCUGAUGUUGGCGAUGGCUCAGCCCCUUUCUCCACUCGUCGAGAUUUGCCAAAGCCAGCAUCCCGAGUGUUCCCUGUGGAUUCCUCACUCUUCAGGAAUCCUCUGGUGAGGCCACGAUCAGCAUCCUUCCAGCAGAGAACAGUUCCUGCUCAGAGGCAUAACAGUCAUGCAGCACUGUGAGGCUGAGUCCAAUACCAACCUGAUCCUGCAAAUGGUCACUGAGCCUUGGCAAUGGACUGGAAUCCCUGGGAAUGGUCAGUGAGCCCUGGCAACAGAAUGGAAUCUCUGAGAAUGGUCACUCAGCGUUCAUAGUGAUCAGUGACUUCUCUCCCCAGUGGCAAAUGUCACUGACCAAUGGCCAGUGACCAUCCAGUAAUGGGCAUUGAUCACCAACAAUGAGCAUUAAUCACCAGUAAUGAGCAUUGACUAUCAAUAAUGGGCAUUGAUUGCCAACAAUGGGCAUUAAUCUCCAACAAUGGGUAUUGAUCAUCAAUAAUGGGCAUUGCUCAUUAAUAAUGGGCAUUGAUCACCAGCAAUACACCAACCAGCAAUUGGUUUUCUGAUAUUGAAACACUGGGAUCAUUUUAAUUGACAGGUAACAGGAGAUUAUCUGUAUGUGAAAAUACAACAAGACCUCACCAACCAGGACAUGUCCAAGUCAGAAAGGGAAUGGCCUAGAAUUCCAACAGAUUGUUCACUGCUGUAUCUGAACUGUUUCCCAGUGGCUGCGGUUAAGACAUUAUUUCUAAUCUGAUAGUUCAAUCCUCCUGAAAGAAA